AUGACGCAAACCUAUUUCUAAAAUGCUCUCAAAUAUGUGCAAACACUCUAUGAAUAAAAGUAUAUUGCUAAAGAGGAAAAAUCAAUACUAAAAAUGAUAAUUAUGCGUCAAGAUGUUAAUGACAAGUUAGUAGACAAACGAGAUGCUAUAACUUAAGUCUCUCAGAAAUUAAAAACACUCAGAAGAAUUAAGAGAUUACAUCUCUAAACUUCAAGCAGUUUAAAUUAAAUAACUGAAAAAAGCAUCGAAAUCGAUUCUUGA